ACAGCGCGCUCGGUUCCCGAACCCUAGACGAUUCGAGCAUUUUUCUUGCGUCGAUCUGCGCGGAUUGUGAUCCUUGCGGGUGGAUGAAGCGGCAGAUCCGUCGGGGCUCGAGGGUGGCGGACGCUUCCGACUGCCGGCCGCCGUUCGCCGCGAGGACGCCGCGGCGGCGGCGGGUCCCGUGGGGGCACGUGCCGGUGCAAGUAGGCGAGGAGAUGGAGCGGUUCGCGGUGCGGGCGGAGCUGCUCGGCCGACCGGCCUUCGUCGAGCUUCUCCGCCGCUCCGCCCAGGAGUACGGCUACGGGCAGGGCGGCGUGCUGCGGAUCCCCUGCCCGGUACCGCUCUUCCGCCGCCUCCUUCUCCUCCUAUCCUCUUCCUCCGCCGCGGCCUCGGACGACGAUCCUGCCCUCGAAGAGCUUUUCCGUGCGCUCCCGGCCGACGGCGACUAGUUCUCCCCUGCUCUGCCUACCAUUUAAUCUGAAGGCAGAGGAGGACGGCAUUGUAAACUUUCCUUGCUCUCUGUUUUUUUAACCUCCUUUCGAUGUUUGAUGCAGUGAGAACAAACUCGACUAGGUCAGAGUGGUUCCAAAUACGUGAAAUUAGUAUGAUCUACUCUAGAAAAAAAAACAAUCAUUUUUUCGUCCCACAAGCCAUGUUUUAAUCAUAAUUUUUUGUUCAUGCCUGAUGGUUUCUGUUCUUCAAGGUGUCUAAGAUUCACAACUGAGUUGAAUCUAACCUCUCUCAUGUAAACAAAUCUCAAAAUGUUGGUAACUAUUGCAAUUAUG